AGAGAGAGAGAGAGAGAGAGAGAGAGACAGAAACAGACUGGAAGUGUAGAUAAAACAGAGAGGAUAACACUCAGGAGGCAAGUUAGGAGUUCUGUGAAUCUACCUACCAACUGCAGAGGCAAAGGAUACAUUUUUUAAUUUCAAAUUAUACUCUUCCAGACCCAGUACUCAGAAUGUUGGAACAUACAUUGCAUUGCCCAUUUUUGCCAACGUUUAGAAUGCAGCUGCAUGGGUUUUUUGUCCUGCUGCUGGUUGUCUUGAUGGCAGUUACCCUAGAGGCUGGCAAGCCUAAGAAAGAGAAAGGUAAGAAAGGCACUUCAGCAUGUGAAGAUUGGACAUGGCAGCGUUGUUUGCCAACCACAGGUGACUGCGGUAUUGGAUCCCGUUCAGGAACGUGCAAGGAGGAAACUAAGAAGAUGAAAUGCAAUGUCCCUUGCAACUGGAAGAAGGAAUUUGGAGCUGACUGCAAAUAUAAAUUUGGAGGCUGGGAUAAGUGUGACCAGACCACUGGUUUGAAGAGUCGCUCGGGCACCUUGAAGAAAGACCCCUAUAAUGUGCAGUGUCUGAAGACCAUCUCUGUUACAAAACCAUGUAACACCAAGGAGAAGACAAAAGGCAAAAAAUCCCGGCAUUAGAGAAGCCUGUUCCUUUUCUACCUGCUGUUUUUCCUUCUCAAGCCUGCUUGGAUGUGCAGCACAAACUUCUGCCCUGUCCUUUUAGCCAAAUGAUACCUUACUAUGUUUUUUAACCAAGAUGUAUUUUGUAAUCACUAAUUUGUAGUAAAUGAGCUGAAAAUUAUUAAAUUUUUACCUGUUCUGUUAUUUUGUACAAUCUUGUUUUCUCUUUUAAUGUUUUUUAAUAUCUUGUUUUUCUUUUUAAACUUACAGAAGUAUAUUCUUGAAAUCAUGUAUUUUUGCAGCAUGCUACCUAUUAUCUUUGCAGAGAUGUUUCAAAGAGCAAAAGUGGCUUUGUAGCAUUCUUUUUUUUGGGGGGAUGAUUUUGGUGCGAGAUUGUCCAAUGCCGCUAAUCAAAUUCUACACAUGCCAGGCUAAUAUAUGGGGGGGGGGGGGGUUGAGAAAGUUAAGUAGUGAUAAAUCUUGUUUCAGUACUGAAUCCUUAACCUUUUUUUUUAAGGAGUUUUAGAAUGGAGUCUGCUGUCUAUCACUAACUGUGAACUGCCUUUAAUAGUUUUUAAAGCAAAGCAGACCUGCUUAAAAGCACAGACAUCAUCUUUUACUAUCUUGUGCCUACAGAUAUAUGCCUGUGACUUUCAUUCAGAAACAGUAUAUGUUCAGUUUUUGUCAAUUUCUUCCCCAUUAGAUUCUCUACUUUUGACAUAAUAUUCUUUUUCUGUAUAAAACCUCCUAUGCCGCGUGCCAGUCUAGCAGCUAUAAAAUGUUAAACAAGUUGAAAAUACUUUCCCCUACAUUUCUUCAAGUUACAACAGGAUGAAGAUUACGCCUUUCAACUUUUAGGUUGGGUAUUUUUACAUGGGGCAAGUCCCCUGCACCCUCUAGUGGAGGACUUUGCAUGUACAUCCAUUUCUGUUGUGGAAGAAAGCGAAAACGCCACACCUAGUGAAUUACUGCUGAUGUGCAAGCCCAGAUCACACAUCACUGAUUGUCUACAGGAAAUGGCAAUUAGCAAUUCCAUCACUGACUUUCAAAAAAAACUGAAAAGUUGAAAUGUCAUUCAGCUACAACUCAACAAAAUUAGGGUAAUGCAUGAACGUAUGUACCAUAUGACCUAAAUACUAAUAGAUUUUUUUAAGUUAUCACCUGCUAUAAUCUGGUUAUAAUGAAUCAAUAGUAUGAAUUUUUAAGAUGGUUUGAGGAUUUGUUAUAACAUGUCUAAACCUGGACAUCCCUCCACCACCAUUUACACACUUAUGACCACUAUAAUUAUGGAAACCUCAUUUCAAACCGAAAUAUUCAAGAAAAUGCUUAGCAGUGUUUCAUAUUCAUAGGUAUAUGCUGUUAAGACACUGCAAAAAAUUGCACACUUGGUACUUGCAAAAAAAAAUGAAAUCAUUUGAAGUUUAAGAAACCCUAAAUAAGGAGGAUAGCUGGGCUUGUGGUGUGUGUAACCUGUUUUUUUACUGGAUGUACCAUUUGAAGUAAUGAACCAGGGUGCAAUUACUUGAGCAUGGCCAUGGUAUGCACAUACUCUUAACUUACAGAGAUUUUGAAUGUUUAAGACUGUGUGUCUUGUCCUUUACUCGGAACAUGAAAGAAUUCUUCUCCAACAGAUACAUUUUUGGUAAACCGGGCAUACUUGGCAGCAUUUGAUUAGUACAAAACUUUUUUGUAGGUUGAUUAAAAGUAAUGACUGUCAGUGACAGUAGAAAAGGACUACUUGGCCCAACAAGAAUGCUCAUCAAGUUUCUUAUAAAUGGAGGAAUAAGCUUUGUUUUAUUUUCAUAUAAAUAAAACUUACUAUAACUUGUUUUUCUUUAGACUAAAUGUAAGCUGUGAGAUCCCUGUUUUUACAAAUGUUUAUAUGUCCUGUUCUUGAAUAGGCAUAUAUUCAUUAAUUACAUUGUAAUUACUUAAUUACUCAUUUGGCUUCCAAACUAUGUUUCAUUUCAUAUUAUAAAAUAGGAGAAUAUUUUAUUUUUGUAUGUCAAUACAUGCCCACUAACAAGAGAAAACUGCAAUUCAGAGUAGUCGACUUUUUCUCCAUUACUUGCAGCAAGUUGUAUUUUUGUAGCUACUUAACAGAUACCAUAGGUGAUAAUUGUGUGGGUUGUGUAUUAUCCCUGUGAUUAGGGGAGGAAGGUUGAGGAUGUCAUAUAUAUAUAUAGCCAGGUAAUACCUCAUAAGUAGUCAAGGUGUAAAAGCACAUUUUUAAGGGAGUAACAUUUUUCCGGCUGAAAGUCAGUAUUUAAGCACAAACGGAACUAAAACGUGUGGAAAUUUAGUUAGCAAUGACUGUAGUUUAAAGUGAUGGUGUCAUAUUGCUAACAGUUCGUAGUUGCCUAGAAAGUGACUUUUAGGAUAUAUGUGACAUCCUUAAGUACAGCUACAGAUUAAAGGGCAGUUGCAGUAAGAAGAGGCAGAGGUGUAUCAGUUUGUUGCACAGUCAGAAGUUUCUGAUUUUCCUUUUUCAAGAAAGAUUGGUGUGGCUUAUUAUGAUGAGAAUUGCAAAAAAAAUGGCAUGAUAGACAACCUUCUAGAAAUAGUCUGUGUUUUAAAAAUGAGAAGAGAUGAAGCCGUACGUGAGUGCUUUUUGUUUUUUCUUUCACCUUUCUUAUAGUAUCAUUCAUACAUGUUUUCUGUUUUUUGAUAUGACUACAUGUAAGCUGGGUAGAACAGUCAUGACUUAAGUAAACUCACUCACUCCCUUAUUAACUUUUUAACACCCUUUCCAUCUAUGCUAAACCCAGGAGCAAUAGGAAUGUGCACCAUUGAAUGACUGUUUCAGAUAACAUACUGAUAUUUGAAUAAUUUUCCUCCGAACUGCAGGGUAUGUAUUUUGAAACAGUAAAAAAAUUCCCGGGCUUGGUGGCAGUUUAAGACUUACAUUUUUUUGUGCGAUCUAAGUACUGAGCUUUCCCUUCAGCUAGGAAAAUUAGGGAUGGAAUCCUUUCUUUUUAUAUUUAUUUUUUUAAUCAAGGAUGAAUCUCAUUAAACAAAAAGCUAUUGGUAGAGAACACACCUGCUUUCUGUAAAGAGAAUGGAUCAGUCUUUGUGCUACUUGAAAGCCUCAUGUUGUCUUUUUUUCUGGGUAUUUUUUGUUGCAGAAUCCUGUUCUUUAUAUUGUUUUUGGAUUGUGGUUGGGCAUGCCCCCUUCCCUGACUGUUAUGAAGAACAGAAUAUGAGAAAAUAAUCAAUGAAUGGAUCUGACACUUCAUAAUCAUCUAUAGGUACCAACUGAUGAAGGGUACUGGGGGGCAAUUUAUCUGGCAAUAAAGAAUUGUUUAAAAAUAA